CCCUCUUACAAAUACCACCACCAUGGCGCCGCCCUGUUCGCCGUUCGAGCCAGCAAGCUAGCAGCGAGAGGGAAGCCAGGCGAGCGCGCGCGCCCAGAAACACAAGGAAGUGGUUAUCAUGUUGCCUUUACAAGAUGCUGAUCAGAUCGGCGCUAACAAACUCUAAGAAAUUUCUUAAAUAAAACAUGGGUCCAAGCAAAUCCUAAAAUAAUAGCAGCAGUACAACUCAGAGACACUCUCUUCUGGAGUUCCAAAGGACACUAACCACUCAAAAGUUGUGGCGUACAAAGAAUCAAAUUUCUCGAACCCACUUGUUCUAAACAGGAGUUGGAUUCUGCCAUUAGCCCUCUGGUAAGUGAUACCAUGGAUGUGUCUGAUGAUAAGUGUGUUCAUCCAUCGCACCUACCUAGCGCUGUUCAUGUCAUGGAAACUGACAACGGCAGCUCUGAACCACUGGAGUAUGCUGAAGACCUUGAAAAUGAAUGUUCUUCGGCCAUCCAUCACACGGAGCAGACCGAUGAUGAGCUUGCUGGAGAUGAAGACUCUCUUGUUAAUGUUGAAAAUAGUGCUGUUAAACACGAGAAUCAAGAAAAGUUUCCAAUGGCAGAAACAAUGAUGAGUGAUUGCACCUCAAUCACAUCUAUGGAAGAUGCCCUGGAGCCAAAGAAUGAUCUUCCAUCAGAGAAUGAAGAUAUUAGCAUUCACACUCCUUCCAAUGACAAGUCUUCCAAUGUAAAUGGAGAUGUAUUCCAAAGCGCAAAGAGUGUGAAGAGAACUUCAUCUGCAACUACAAGGAAGCCACUACAAUCUACUAAUAGAAGUAACCAGGAUGAUGGGAACGCUUCUACUUUCACUAACCCGAAAUCAUCAAUUGGAAAGACCACAGUUCCAGCAGGCCCAGUUUUCCGAUGCACCGAACGCGCCGAGAAGCGCAGAGAAUUUUAUCUGAAGCUGGAGGAGAAACACCAAGCUAUGGAGGAAGAGAAGAUUCAGCUGGAAGCUAGGCUGAAGAAAGAACAAGAGGAGGCUCUGAAGCUGCUCCGGAAGAGCCUGACCUUCAAAGCCAGCCCCAUGCCGAGCUUCUACCACGAGGCGCCAUCCCCCAAGGCUGAAUACAAGAAGCUGCCCACGACCCGCCCGAAGUCGCCGAAGCUGGGGCGGAGGAAGACCUCCAUGGAGACGUCGAAUUCCUCGUCGGAGAGCGAGGGCACGAGGCCAUGCUGCCGCGCAAACCGUGACGGCAUCGACAGCACCUGCAGGUGCAGCGGCAGCAGAAGCAAGGUGCAGGCCGCGAACGCCAAGCCGGCCGCGCCCAAGAAGCAGCAGCCGAAGCACCGCGCGCACAAGUUGUCCGACGAGAGCGCCAUCAACAUCGCAGUGCACUAGCUGCUGCUGCUGCUGCUGCUUCUGAAACUGCUUGCUCGUUUCUUCUGGCUCCAAGACGACGGAAUCAGGCAAUGGCGUCAGAAUUUUUCUUCUAAGUUAUUUAUUUACUGUUAAGAUGUGAAAAUGGCCUGUACUCUUGUCCUUGUACUGAGCUGUUUGUUUCUGAAGUCAUGGGGCGUGGUGAUCUUACAUUUGAAUCCUGGAUGUAACUUAUGCAACAAACUGAGGGCGUUGUUGGUGGUGGUGACAAGGGACUAUUUAUCUGAUUUAUGCUCACUGCACUUUGAAAUUUUA